AUGGACAACAACCGCAGUCCUCUUCUCAGUUGGGCUUGUUACUGCCACGGAAAGUCAAUGGAGGAGCUGAAGCAGUCCCUGAUGUAUACCGCUCUUGAGCUGGAACAAACGAGAGCAAGUGUGCAAGAGGAGCUCAGAAAGAGGGACGAUCAGCUUCUCAGUCUGAAGGAGCUCCUCAACAAGGUGAUAAGAGAAAGAGACGAGGCACAAGAGAAAUGGCAGAGACUGGUGUUGGAGAAAAUGGUUUUUCAGCAGCAAAAGCAGCAGCACCAAACAGCCCCUGCGUCUGGGAUUUCCAGCAUUGAGGAUGAGCCCAGGAGAGGGAUUGACUCCAACAAUGGGCUGUCAUCAUCAGAUUGCGAAGAAAGCAUUGUGUCCUCUCCGGUUAUGGAGCAUUUGGGUCAGGCCCCCCAUGCGGGGCGUGCGCAGCCACAGUUGCCAGAGUCAAUGAUUGAGCUUAUAUCACCGGAUAAACCUUUGCCAGAAAAGGGUAAGCUUUUGCAGGCAGUGAUGAAAGCCGGUCCUCUCCUUCAGACUCUGCUCCUUGCAGGACCACUUCCUCAAUGGAGACACCCCCCACCCCCUCUUGAGUCCUUCGAGAUUCCACCCGUCACCAUUCCUUCCCCACAGCCACAGCCGCAGCCACAAACACAGGGCCAAGCACAAUUCCUCCACCAAGAUUCCUUCACCUCCAACUGCGGUAGAGUCAGUAGGAAAAGGGUUUUCUGCGAGGGCUCUGAUUCUCCUACGCAGACCAAGUUCCAAAGGAUUGUACUCCACUGA